CUCUCAACUUAAUUAAACGCGCUUGUAACCGCUUAAUUGUGUUGCUUUGUGCGUAAGACUGGCCUGCGACUGUCGGAGGGACGGAUAGACGACCGAGCGAACCUCCCGCAGACACGAUCCCCUUUAGAAAUCCAACAUUAAAAGCGCAAACUUUUUCUGCUUCUCGUCUCUUUUCACUCGCUCUCCCGACACCACCCCCACCGUCGGCCGACCGCGGCACCCAGUCCUCCGACUCUCAACCAAUUUUCGGAUCCACUUAAGGGCAAAACCAGCGAAAAUGUAGUUUACAUGGACAUGUGUUGCGCCGAAGUGUUUUAGGUGUGGAUUUCAGCGCUAGAACGCGUCUAAUGGGGGUCUGUUGGGCGGGGGGUACGGGAGAGAGAGGGGGAGGCACUGUUUUCUACACAUCUGUGAACGGAGCCACGUUCGUUAAUUAAACGGCUGUGUAGGCCUCGCUCUACGCUCAGCGACAGCGGCGGACAGACGCUUUACAUGCUCUGAUCCAGUGGGGCAACGAAGCUAAAUAGAGGCCGAGGAGGAGUCAGGAGAGACAGUAAGCAGUGAAAGCAAUGGGGUGGCACAGUGGCAGUGCCCCCUGUGCCAAAAAGGCCAACCAGACAGAUCCUCCCUGUCUUUGCAUCUCACAGAUCAGCACAGUGUACUUCCAUCUUGUGUUGAAAGACUCCUGGACAUUGCUGUUCUAAAGCAGAGUCUCAGAGGAGGAGAGGACCAAGUCGCUCAGAAAUCCUCAGAUCCUGAAUCCCAACAACAAAAAUCCAGUGAAGACGACUGUUCAGAACCCUGCCAAUCCAGCCACGAUUCAGACGCUGACCUGACGCUUGGAAACAAAGAGAUGGAGGAAGAGAGAAUAAUGGAGCAGGAGGGAGGUAAUGCUGAGCAUGAGCCAGAAGAGGAGGGAAAUCAACUUACAAGCGCCAAACAGCAAAAUACAACAGAAAACACAGAAAUCCCAGAUGCCAGUGAAAAGUCAGUUGGCAAAAAUGGUGUGCCAGCUGAAAAUAACACCCGCUCAUUCAAAUGCAACGCCUGCCUUGAAUCUUUUCCCAGCAGAACUGCCUUGAAUGUUCAUUACAACUCUGCAUCCCACAUUCAGAGGAUGACGAUGGGCUCUGCAAAACAGGGUGGUGAUAGUGAUCCCCAAUCUCCCUCAGUUCCUGUUCUGCCUCGGCCAUAUGUAUCAAAUAAACCCUAUCAAUGUGCCGUGUGUCGAGUCUCUUACAACCAUGCCAUAACCCUUGAGAGCCAUAUGAAAUCUGUCUUGCACCAGACCCGCACCAGGAAUGCUGGGAUCACUGCAAAUGCUGCAAACAGUGCAGCCACCACCGCUGCUUUAGGGAGCAGCAUGUCUAUGGCUCCAAAUACUAAUAGCACAUCUGGAAGUGGAUCCCCACAGUUAGUGACAACUACAAACUGUGUUGUUCCUGGAUCAGUGAUGGUGCCAACUACAAAAGAUGGAGAACAGAUUCAAACUACCCAAGUGGCUCCUUCCCUUCUCACCUCCCCUGUGGCCUCCGCACAGGCAGUUUCAGCUUUCCUUACCCUCCUUACAUCAAGCCCAAAUACUCUCUCUAACACCCUUCUCCCCUCCCUCCUUGCAGCCGGUGCUGCUUCCGGUGUAACCGCCCAUCAGCUUGUGCCUCAGCCUCAAAUGGUCAUGCCCUUGAUCUUGAAUGGGCUGCAAGCACAGACUCAACAGCAUCAAGAAAGCCAGCAAGGCCAGCUCCUCACACAGUGUGUGCCAUUUGUGGGUCUUAGCACAGCCCAGCAAGCCCUUCUUACUCAAAGACUUAACAGCUUACAGAACCAGUGGCCCUCUGUUGGGCUCACAGCAAAUGUACAGCCUCUUCUUGAGGAGCAAAAACAGGCUGUAAAGUGUGAGGUAAAGCAGGAGAGUGAGGAGACAGUUGGGGUCUCUGGUCAGAACAAGAAUGGGGAGAACUUGAUGACAGAUGACAUUAAAAUAGAGAAACUUAAACGAGACGACACUGUUGACCAGUCUAGUAAAACAGAAACAAAAUUGAAAGAAGAAGGUUAUAAGGAUAACUGGAGGGGUCACACAGAUAGCACAACGGAUGGAGACAUCUCUGUAAAAAAGGAGCUGGAAGACAGUAAAGCAGCAAGCAUGAAUUUUGACACAGAGAAAGUCCUCAACAAUAAUACUCUCUCGCCUUCUGCAUCUGUUCCCAGCAACUCAACCCUCAGUCCUUUGCAUUUAAAUCUUACACUUAGUCCAGAUUUAACUCCACAAAAGUUGCAAUCUGGAAUUAGCCCUUGUGGUUCUGUGGGCACUUCAAAAUCUAGUCCACAUACAAAUGCCUUAAAUAACAACCCAGCCCGAUCCCAUUGUAAUAUAAGUAGGUCAGUUUAUUCAGAACUUCCAGUGCUUUCAGAGUUUCAGUCAGAGGUUCUCUGGGCUUUCUUUGAGUCUCGAAGUGAGGCUGAUGCUGCAAGUCCUCCCAGUGAAGACUGUGAGGCACUAGGCAGAGAGGUUGGGCUUUCUGAGGAUGAGGUACGUCGGUGGCUGAGCCACGCCCGAUAUACGAAACAGAUGCAGAGGGCAGCAAAAUCGGACCACCCGCCAGGUUUGAGAGGAUUAGUGCAGCUUGUGCAUGGCUCAGACAAUGACUUUGAUGAUGAUGAAAACUCCUUAAUUAUAGCAGAAGGUGAGGAUGGUGCUGAAGCUUCAGGGAGUCAGGCAAUUGAUUUGUCAAGUAGAAGAGGAAAGCGCAGAUGGAAAGAUUUGGGAAUAGAGGGUCAAAGAGAUUACUGUCUCACGUCAGACUCUGAAAAUGAAGUUUACACUUCUGUCAUUGUUUCUGAUGAAGAUAGUCAGAGUGGAUGCUUUAGGGAGGGAACAGCGAGCCCUGCUAAAUGCAUUGCACAAAAGGAGAUACAUGGUGAAAAAGGCACAGUUGGAGGCAAGGUCUUACGCUCCACAACUGUAUUUCUCUCUGAUGCUGAGGAAGAGUAUGAAGAUGAGGAAGGUCAGCUUAGCAAAAGGGCAAAAAGGAAAAGAAAGGGAGAAUUUGAAUGUGAUGAGGUGGAGAUAAAGAAGGAGAGGCAAGAUUCGGAUGUAGAUCUAGAGCUGGAGGCCCAAGGGGAUCCUCCAGGUUCAAACUCCCACACUGGAGAGCAUCAUGAGAUUUCAACUAGUGCUCUACACUCACUCCCUAUGUCCCUUGCUCACUUUUCUCCUCAGUUCAUCAGUCCAUAUGUUCUCUCUCUUACCCCUUCACUGGUUGGAGAAGGAAACAAAAUUCCAGCCUUUCCUAAUCCAUCAGCCCACACUCGCAUAUCAAGCUCCCCUCUACUGCAGUCUCUCUCCUCCCAUAACCAAACUUCUCAUUAUCUUUCAAAUGGUGGGGACUGUGAGUCUGCUCUGGAUCUCAGCAUGGGAAAAAACAGCUCCAAAUAUGCCUCUUCCUCAUCUUCUCUGGCUGAUAAAAUUGCCGCGCAGAAGGGGCAGUUGCUGGAUGGGCUUGGCCUGCGGCCUACAACCAAAGGUCUGGUAGUUGUCCAAGUAAAGCCUGAAUCUGCAAGUACCAUGUCCUCCUCCAACAGCAGUGUGAAUCUUCUGAACUGCAAUAAUGUAACAAAGCCUAGUAUUUACAUGAGGCAGACAGAGAAAAUGAACACAGCAUUAUCGGAAAGGGAGCGAGAAAAGGAAAGGGAGCAAGAGCAAAACCAGAGAAAAGCUAAAGGAAGAAGAUAUAGAGACAUGCGGCGUUCAAGAACCAUCAUUCAGGCUGAUCAACUUGACAUUCUGUAUGGCUGCUACUUUAAAGACCCAAAUCCUGGAAAACAUGAGUUUGAACAGAUUUCAGAAUGGGUCCAUCUUCCAAAAAAAGUUGUUCAAAUUUGGUUCCAGAACAUGAGAGCAAGGGAACGAAAAGGUGAGGUCAGAUUCAUCAGUGAUGGCACUCUGGCAGCAGUUGGCAAGCCUCUCAUCAAAUUUACUUGGCCUCUCACCAAGCCCAUAUUCUCUAACAAGCCACCUUCAAGCAAUACUGGGGGAAUAACAACUACUCCAAUUGUGCGCACUCUUAUCAAAACAGAGAGCGAGCCUGUGAAGGAUGUGGCUAAACCAAUCUUGGUGAAAAAAGUGUUGCCAGUUCCAAUCAAACCUAAGGAGACGGCUUCUUCUACUUUGGUCAAGGCCAAGCUCGAAACCACCAGCAAUGUUUCCAUGGUCAAAGUUGCACCCAAAGUCAACGCCCCGAAUCUUUCAGCCCUAGCUAAGGAACCCGUCCCCAUUGCCCCAAGACCUACCCUAAAACGAAAGCAGCAGCAGCAGGAGGAGGAGAGUGAAGAAGAAAAGACUGAUGAUGAGAAAGACGAGAUUGAAGUUGGUCCUGGACCAGGAUCCACAAACCGCAUGGUGCCCAAGCUGCCCUCGACUCCUAUCAAUAACCGGUCUCCUGCCACGGCUGUAAUGCCACAGAAGCAGAAUGGGCUAAACUACUGGACCCCAAAGAUGCCCAUUAAGAUAAACACUAUAUCAAGGGAGCAACUGGCUCUUCCUACGCACCCACCUGCUCGUACCAUCCCCCCUCCUCCUACUCCCAGCAUUGCACCAGUCAGCCCGAACACCCCCAUCUCUGCCAAGGUGGCAAGUCCAAACACCCCAGCCGUAGCUAAGUCAAGCCCAACAGAAAGUUUUCUGCCCCAUUCAUCCAGCCGUAGGCCACGCACACACCUGUCCUGUCUCCAGUUGUCAAUACUGCAGUCCUGUUAUGAGACCUGCGCUCACCCAAAUGCCAUGGAGUGUGAGGCAAUUGGUACUGAGCUCAACCUGCCCCUGAAAGUGGUGCAAAUUUGGUUUCAAAAUACCAGAGCCAAGGAGAAACGCUGGAGAUUGCAACAAGAAAAAUUGUCUCCUGUGUCAGGUGGAAAGGUGGACAUGAGCUCAGGAAGCUACUUACAGUACAACGCUCUCAAAGCCAAUAGACCCAUCCUCCCCAAACCUGUUCAUUUGACCAUUACUGAACCUGAAGCUUCCUCUGUGGGUGGCCAGUCAGCGUCGAAAGAGACCCUUACGGGUCGCUGUGAUGCCUGCAAUGUCACCUUCGACUCCCGCGCUGCAGCGAGGACGCAUGUCUUCUCUCCACGUCACCUGGCAACGCUGAGAACCACUAACUUUGGUCAGCCCACAACGCUUGUCAACAAAAAUGGCACCGGUAAUAGUGGACCUGGAAGUGCUGUGCUGGGAUCGCAGGUCUCGCAUUCCUCUCCACUUGGCAGCUCUGGUUCAGGUUCUGGAGGGGAAGUGGUUGUUGAGUCACCCCCACCAUUGGCCACCAGCAGUUAGAGACUCAGAUCAGCUCUUUGGUCUGCACACUGACUAUUUUUGGACCCAUUUGGGCUCCUCAGAUUUUAAUAAGCAAACUUGAGCACUAAUCAAAAGCUAAUAUUAUUUAGUUUUUGAAGUUGUCUCCCUCUGCCCCUCCACCCUCUACUCAACCUUCACUGACUUUUAAUCCGUUAUUCUUCAGACUCCAGCUAGAAACACAAAACAGCCGAAUAUAUCCAUAUUGCACCUCAUCUAAUCGGCUGCUGUCUGAUUGGUGAGAAACCAAUUUCAAGCUUCCCCGUGUCUUCAACCACUUUAUCCAAAUAUUUCUGAUCCUGACUCUGUAAUUUAUAAUACCUUAAUUCACUGACCUUCCCAUAAUUUGUACAGGCACUCAGCUUGCCAUGCUUGAACUGUCCUACCCCAAAGACUGAUGCAAACACAUUUCCUUUUUGGAAUGAAAGAGGAAAAGGCUUUGAUGGUGGAGCUGAACACUUUUUGGGAAAAUAACAUGAAAUGCCCACACUUGUAACUCACUGUUUGCUCCUGUGGAAAUGCUUUUCUUAUGCCUCCUUCACGUGCAGCAAAUACUGCUUAGAUAAUUUGGGACUGGACCGAACCAUUGAAAAAGGAUUAACUGGUAUUGACUAUCAACAUUUAAUUUGCUAUGGCAGUGUGAUAUGAAGAGUGUUGUGUCUACUGUUUUGGGAUAUAUACAUAAAAAAAAAGGUACUU